GGUGAAGGAAGUGAUGGUACCAGCGCCAAUGGUAAAGGAGGAAGUAGUGGUGGUGCUGGUGGAGGUAGAGGUGGAAGUUCCAGUGAUAGUAGUAGCGGUACUAGUGCAAACACUGGCAAAGGUAGUGAAGGAAGUUCCAGUGAUGGUAGUAGCGGUACUAGUGCAAGCACUGGCAAAGGUAGUGGUGGUGCUGGUGGAAGUGGUGAAGGAAGUGAUGGUACCAGCGCCAAUGGUAAAGGAGGAAGUAGUGGUGGUGCUGGUGGAGGUAGAGGUGGAAGUUCCAGUGAUAGUAGUAGCGGUACUAGUGCAAACACUGGCAAAGGUAGUGGAGGAAGUUCCAGUGAUGGUAGUAGCGGUACUAGUGCAAGCACUGGCAAAGGUAGUGGUGGUGCCAUUACAAGUAGUAGCGGCGGUGAUGGUGCUAGUACAAGUAGUGGAGGUAGUGGAGGGGCUAGUACAAGUACCGGCAAAGAUAGCGCCAGCAGUAGAGGUGAAAGUGACGGCAAAAGUAGUGGCCGUAAUGUUGGUACUGCUACAAGCGGUGGCCGUAGCAAUGGUACCAGCGCAAGUACCGGCAAAGGUGGUGGAAGCACUGGUUCUAGUACAAGUAGUGGCAGCAGUGUUGGUACUGCUACAAGCGGUGGAGGUAGCAGUGGUACCAGUCCAAGUACCAGCAAAUGUAGUGGUAAUAGUAUCAGCAGUACUAGUGGAGGUAGUAUCGGAGCUAGCGGUACCAUUGAAGACACAGAAACAACAUCAUAUGAAUCUACUGUCCCAACAAGUCCUUUAUUGAUGGGUGAAACAGGUGCAGAGACAAGAGAGGCAACAAAAACCAAAGUAGAAACACUCGCAUCAGAAGCAGCUGAAUUAAAUGAAGAAUCAGAAACACAAACAUCAAAUAUAAUUAAACAAGACGAAUUAUUGUUACCAGAAACAAUCACAUGUUUAGCAACGGCUACUAAAAUUAACAAUAAAAUUCAGACAACUAUGAAUACUAUUCAACAAAUGGCAGCAAACAAUAUGAGAAGAGAAAUAGAUAGUCUAGCCACAACGACCUUACCCAAGGUUAUUCAAACAUCAUUACAAUUAUAUCAAUCAUUGGAGUUCAUUGAAUCAUGUACAGGUGACAUCGAUGGUCAUAUAAAACGAAAAUGUCAAGAGAUACAAAGAGACUUAAUACAAGUUUUGGAUAAAUUAAGUGCGUCAGAAUCCUUACGUAAAUUGUGGAAAUUCAGUAAGAAAAAUGAAUUAGUAGAUGAUUAUGAUAUACCCGAAGGUGCUCAGGUCUCGGAUUUAAAUUAUCAAGGACAAGGUCAACAGCAGCAAACAAAUUUGGAUAAUAUUAAACAGCUCUUGCAAGGAUUUGAAGAUUCGAAAUUUGAACAGGGUGAAAUAAUGGGUGAUCGGAUAUUACACAAGUUAGGUAUUCGUCUCGAUAAUCUUCUGGCAAAUUACGAUAGUGAUUUGAAUCCAGCUCUCGAUGAAAAUAAUGAAGAGACAGAAAACAAUACAGAUCCAUCUACAUCGCCUGGGGAACAUCGAACAACUGCUAAUCGUGACGUGGUCCUGGAGAUUGAUGAUCACGGAGAAGUGACAAAAGACAGCCCAGAAAAUUCAUCAGCAUUCAAAGGAGACACUAAAUCACCUGGAGUUAUCCGUGUGGAAUUUGGUACCAGUGUAGAUGGAAUCCCAUCGCCAGAUAAAAAAACAUCAAAACAAGAGAGUUCAAAAGUAAACAUCAGUAAACAACAAUUAGAAAACUUUCAAAAGCGAUCAGCAGACAUGUAUUCCAAUCUUUUACAAUCUACUAAUAGAUAUGAUAUUGGAACUAUUACUGAACAUUGUGAUCCGGAACAUUUACCAGAAACAACAUUAGAUAAACCACGAUAUGCUCUAUUAGCUCGACUUACACGAAAUAUUCAAUUAAUGUUAUUAACACGUUUACGUUCAGCACUAAAAAAACAAUACGAAAAACAACAAACAGCAGCCAAUGAUGAUUUACAAUUUGAAUUUAUUUUCUGUGUUGAUAAUAGUGGAAGUAUGAGUGGUAAGAAAAUACGUGAAGCAUUAAAUACAUUAGUUAUUCUUCUCGAAACAUUUCAUCGCCUUGAAUGGAAAUUUGGUGUUGUUCGAUUUGGUGCUGAACAAAAAAUACUUAAACCACUCGGACAUGAAUCAAUGCAUAGCAUGGUAUCGACAACUGACUCAACAACAAACACUACUCAAAGUCUUCAACAAUCAGUAAUAGCACGUGGACAAUAUAUUCUUGAAUCGUUUACAACCGAUGAAAAAACAUUACCAGCAACAGCAUUGAAACAAAUUGCUACAAAUAAAGAUUUAUAUGGAAGUCAAAUUAAACCAAAUGUCAAGCGAUUUAUUAUUAUGAUUACCGAUGGUAUUUCAUCUCAAGAUGAAACUGAAUUAUACACAAAUCAAUUAAAUCUUGCAACAGCCGAACUUUAUAUGGUUUGUAUUAUUCCAGAAUUACCAAAACCUGAUGAUACAAAAUUUUCAAAUGAAUAUAGACAAUUUGCUAAUGAACAUGAGAAAAAAGCUAAAGAAUUCAUACAACGUAUAGCACCAGAUCGAAAUCGACUUAUUGAAACUGGACAAUUGGAUACUUUAACGAAAACAGUUGUCGAUGAUCUUUUUCAUAUGAUUGAACACUCGAUUGUUCUUCGUGGUAAUCGAUCAACUGAUACUUCAAAAGCAUCCGGUAUAUCAACCACAAAUAAUGCGCCUACAUUUCAUCCACUAAAUCCAUUUAUUCUAUCUCAUAUAAAAGCUGUUGAAUUAUGGCAACAUCCUGAGAUUUCUUAUACCGGUCAGUUUUAUGUAAAUGAUUUUCGACAAAAACUCGAACAACAAACAUUUCAACAACAAAUAAAUACCGAUCUUACAUCUGCUUCAGAUGAAUUUAUUAAAAUCAUCGAUAAAACACUAGAAGCACUCGAGGAAAGUUAUUCGAAUUUAGAAACACAUGAUACUAUGUGUACACAAACAGAUAAAAUCCUCCAACAAAUCGAACAAGAACUUGAAAUAUAUAUUGGUGAAUUAGUACGUACCAUGGAAGAUUAUGUUCUUCCAGCAUAUAAACCAACACAAUCAUUACCAGAUACACGAGGAAGUCGAUUAUAUAUACCAGGUAUUGUUAAAUUUAUUUGUACACAAGGACAAUAUAAUAGAAUUUAUCUUAAUCAAAUCGGUUCACAAAAACCCGAAUAUCGUAUUGCAUUACUUCUUGAUCAAUCUGUUUCAAUGACUGGUCCUACGUAUUUUUCAUCUGUAGAUAUUUUAAUUUCCGUGUGUGCAGCAUUGAAUAAAAUUGGUAUUGAAGAUUUCAAUGUUUUAACAUUUGGAAAACAAAUACAAUUAAUUAAAAGUUAUAAACAAAAAUACGAUUGUUUAUUUGUACAUCAUCUUUUAAAUUCAUUAAAAAUUGAUGGUGAAACAACUUUAUUAAGUGAUGCUAUAUUUGCAGCCACUGAAUUAUUACAACAACAAUCAUCAUACAAUAAUAAUCAUGGACCAAUGUUUAUUUUUGCUCUCACCGAUGGUUUUGAUAAACGUGGUAGUUUUAUACAAAAUAUUAUUGCUUAUGCUGAACAACGUUCAAUAACUGUUAUUGGAAUUGGUGUUGGUUUCGAAUCGAAUGGUGUUUCUUUAGCAUUCAAUGAUUGGAUUAUUGCACAAAAUCCACGUUUACUUUGUGAUGCGCUUAUUAAUUGGUCGACUGAACAAAGUGACGGACAAACACCUUAUGAUUCCUUUCAUGCAGAUAAAACAUCAACAAUUCGAGGAGAAGAUGGUAAAAUGUAUUCAACAACAGAUGAAGUAUGGACUGAAGAAAUGAAAACACAUUUUGAUGCAAUUACACAAAAUGCAAAACGUAGUAUUGAUUUAACAUUUUCAAAUAGUGUUCAUAGUUCACCAUUGACAGUUGAAAUUUGUUUUGUUAUGGAUUGUACAGGUUCAAUGGGAAGUUGGAUUACAGCAUGUAAACAACACAUUAAAGCUAUUGCCGAUGGAAUACAAAAAGAAAUGAAAGAAAAAUAUGAUAAAGAUAGUGUUCUGCGUAUGGCAUUUGUUGCCUAUCGCGAUUACACAGAUUCAAAUCGUUUUGAUCUAAUUGAUUUUCAUCAAACUCCUAAUCUUGGACCAGUUGAAGCUAAAAUCGCAAGCCAACAAGCAAGCGGUGGUGCCGACGAGUGCGAAGACGUCCAAGGUGGUUUAGAGAAAGCACUUAAAUUAAACUGGGCAAAGAAUAGUAGUUCACGUGCAGCACAAAUAUUGGUUUGGGUUGGUGAUGCUCCUGGGCAUACACCAUUUUGUAGUGGCACAGCUGGUGAUAGCUUUCCUGGCGGCUUACCAGAUGUUCCUUUAAUGGAAACUCUCAUACAUGAAAUUAAAAAUCGUAGAUUAUUUCUAUUAUUAUCCGAUUUCACUGCAAAUGUUCAAACAAUGUUACAGAACAUUGAAGGAAUUUAUAAAAGAGAUAGCAAAGAGCAUCUAGUUAAACGAGUGAAAUUAAACCAAGCAGAUACAUCAUCAUUAUUGAAGGAAGUAAUGCAACAGGUCAACACAAUUAUUGCCAGUGAAUUCAUGUAA